AUGGGAGAUUUUGAACGGGAGCAAGCUAGACUUCUUGCCUUGUGGGAAGAUGUGCAGUCUGAAAUUGGUGAUUACGAUGAAAUUUCAAGUGAUGAAGGUGAAAUAGACAACUUGAAUGAAAGUGAUCAUAACAGCGAUACUGAACAAGACAUCAGCGACGAUGAAAAAGACAUAGAUGAUAAUGAUAAUAACCAGAUCAGGGCAGGUUUAUUUUAUUUGGGGAAGGACGGUGCAACAAAAUGGUUCAAACAUCCACCUUGGCCAAAUGUCAGAACAAGAUCAGAAAAUAUUGUCACGCAAUUACCCGUCGUUAGAAGAGGAUAUAGAGAUGGUAAAACGGCGUUAGAAUGCUGGAAAUAUUUCUUCACUGAUGAAAUGUUAGAAGUAAUUUUGAAUAACACAAACGAAAGAAUUUUGAUGAGGUCGUCUACUUAUGGACAAAAAGAUCAAUAUAAAGUAAAACAAACAGACAAGACGGAAUUGCUAGCUUUAUUUGGUCUUCUCUAUUUAGGAGGCUACUACAAAUCUGGACGUCAAAAUGUAAAGGAUUUAUGGGCAACUGACGAUACAGGAGUUCUGAUAUUCAGAAAAACUAUGACCCUACAACGUUUCAAUUUUCUUUUAUGUUGCUUGCGCUUUGACAGUUUGGAAACUCGUAUUGAGAGAGUGGCACUCGAUAAACUUGCACCGAUUAGGACAAUUUUUGAUGCAUUUGUUCUGAAUUGCAAACAGAUUUAUUCACCUAGCAUGUACCUUACCGUCGAUGAACAAUUGAUAGCUUUUUGGGGAAACUGUCCAUUCCGUCAGUUUAUCCCCAGCAAACCCUCAAAAUACGGCAUAAAAAUGUUUGCUCUAACUGAUGCAAGGUGUUUCUAUACUGUAAAUUUAGAGGUUUAUGUGGGUUUGCAACCUGAAGGACCUUUUAGAAAAAGCAAUAAACCAGAAGAUAUUGUGCUUCGAUUGAUAGAACCAGUAACAAGAACUGGGAGAAAUAUUACAUUUGAUAACUGGUUUACCAGUUACAGCCUGAUUCAACGAUUACUAACAGAACAUCGUUUAACAGCUGUUGGCACUGUUAGAAAAAAUAAAAAAGAAUUGCCAAAACCUUUGGUAUCCACACAAGGAAGACCAUUGCCAUCAAGUAUGUUUGGAUUUCAAAAACAAAUCACUAUGGUAUCGUACAUGGGAAAAAAGAAUAAGAACGUUUUAAUGUGGUCUUCGCUCCAUCAUGACGAUAAAAUUGAUGAAUCAACUCGACAUCAAGAGAAGCCUGAUAUUGUAACAUUUUACAACUUGACUAAAGGAGUUACCACUAAUGAUUUAAACACAGAAAACGAAAUGUGUACAGAUAUUACACAGCCAAUUAUUAUUAAUAGAACCCCUUCAAACAGUAAUCUCUUGACUCUUGAUAAUCAAGAUUCUAUUUCAAUGGAAGAAAAUGAUUACCAGCUUAAUUCCGAUACCAGUUAUUAUAGUAGCAGCUCUAUUUAUUCCACUCCUGUAGAAAUUGAAAUACCGGAAUUAGAUGAUGAAUCGAAAGUUUAUUUAUAA